CCCCUCCCUCCCCAGAGGGCGGCUACGAGGCGGCGGCCGCAGCCGCAGGAAGAUGCUGGAAGCGGGCGAGCGCGCGCCCCGUAGGUGCUGAAGGGACAGUUCCUUCGGCAGAACUUGCUCCUAAGCGCACGGGGCACAUCAGAGAUGGAGACUAUUUGGAUCUACCAGUUCCGCCUUAUCGUGAUCGGAGACUCCACGGUGGGCAAGUCGUGCCUUCUGCACCGCUUCACCCAGGGCCGCUUCCCAGGGCUGCACUCCCCUGCCUGCGACCCCACAGUCGGCGUGGACUUCUUCUCGCGCCUGCUGGAGAUUGAGCCGGGCAAGAGGAUCAAGCUGCAGCUCUGGGACACAGCGGGGCAGGAGCGCUUCAGAUCAAUAACUCGAUCCUAUUACCGCAACUCAGUUGGAGGAUUUUUAGUGUUUGACAUUACUAAUCGACGGUCUUUUGAACAUGUGAAAGAUUGGCUAGAAGAAGCAAAAAUGCACGUACAGCCUUUUCAGAUUAUAUUUCUACUGGUGGGACAUAAAUGUGAUCUAGCUUCGCAACGUCAGGUUUCAAGAGAAGAAGCUGAGAAACUGUCAACAGACUGUGGAAUGAAGUAUAUAGAAACCUCAGCAAAGGAUGCUACAAAUGUUGAAGAGUCCUUUACAAUCUUGACAAGAGACAUAUAUGAACUUAUUAAAAAAGGAGAGAUUUGUAUUCAGGAUGGAUGGGAAGGGGUUAAAAGCGGUUUCGUUCCAAAUACUGUGCAUUCUUCUGAAGAAGCAGUGAAGCCCAGAAAAGAGUGCUUCUGUUGACUUUAACCUGCCAAAGAUCUACCACAGACAGACCAUGUCGCUCUGGAUAGAUGUCAACAUUCACAGCAGAAUGAUGCAGAGUGAACAUCUACGAACAUCCAGAGCAUUUCAUAAGCAGGCGGACACAACGCUGUGUCUCACCACUUAUACCAACAGGCUGGGUAGUCUGCUAAGUUAGGAGGAAAGGGAGACAACUUUUCUCUUGAAACCAGGGUGUACAAAAUUACAUCCAUUCUCACUUCAUUAGCAUAUAGCUGACCUUAAUGUCUAGAUAUGUCAGUAUUAAUCAUCUUUCUUGACAACUGAAAUUAUACUUUUUUGUAUACACGUAACACCGCUGAAAAGAAUGUAUGAGGAUUUAUAUUCUCCUGGGUCAACUAGUAUUGAAUACAAAGUGUACUUGAAGGGCCAAUGAGGUGACUCAUUGGGUAAAGAAGCUUGCCACCAAAUCUGCAGACUUGAGUCUCAUGCCUGGAGCCCCUGUGGGCGAAGGCAAGAACCCACUUCCCUUGAAGCUGUCCACUGACCACAUGCAUACUGUCACACACAUGCACAUACAAAUGCACAUGAGCAAGUGCAGGGCCAUACACCAAAUAAUGUUGAAGAUGCAUAAGGUACAACUUGAAGGCUGGGCUAUAGCUCACUGAUAGAAUGCUUCUUUAGUUAUGAAAACUCAGAUUCAAUCCCCAGCAUCAAAACUAGAGCAGGAAAAAAGCAAAGUACUUAUAAGCAGUCUUAAAAAUACUUACUAGGACUAAAAUAUAAAUUUUCUUUUUAAAGUAGCACAGUUGAUAUUCUCAGAACAUAAUAGGUUUUAUAUUCCCCUUUUGUUCAUGGAUUUAUUGCUCCUGGAAUCUUCACAUUUGAUGAUAUAUAUAAGUGUUCAAAGGAGAUGCUUUUAGCAAAUAUUGUAAGGAAAUAAAAAGGAUCAUUCAAUCAAUAUCAAAUACUUUGUUGUUACAAUACAUUGCCCAAAUUUAACUUAUAUACUGACAUUUUCAAAGAAAAAAAAUACAGUUUACCUUGAACUACUUUCAAAAUGAUUAACAUAUAUACAUAGUAUUUUUUUUUCAAAUUUCUAAAUUAUCUCACUUCCAGCAAAAGUGUGGACAAUAUGUUCUGAACAAAAAAAAAAAAAAUGGUGUUAGAAAAUUAAUUUAGCAGCCAGGCGGUGGUGGCGCCUGCCUGUAAUCCCAGCACUCUGGGAGGCAAAGGCAGGCGGAUUUCUGAGUUCGAGACCAACCUAGUCUAUAGAGUAAGUUCCAGGACAGCCAGGGCUAUACAGAGAAACCCUGUCUUGAAAAAAAAAAAAAACACAACAACAACAACAACAACAACAACAACAACAAAAAAAAAACCAAAAAAAAAAGAAAGAAUAAAAAGAAAGAAAAUCAAUUUAGCAUUCAGAAUUUAUUAUACAAACUCAUUAGAAGAGAAGAUAAAAUACUCAGUUAAAUGAAUAAAAUAAUGUUCAAGUUCAAUUCUUUUUUAAAAAUAAAAUAAUAUUGUUUUUCUUUUUUAUAGAUAGUUUUGCUAUAUAUUUCAAACCCACUUGAUUCAGUCUCCCAAGCACUGGGUAUGUGACACCAUACCCAGCUCCUUAAUUUUUUAUCAUGGGGGUUGAGACUGGGAGCUCUUAUGGACCUCAAACUCAGUAUGGAGAUUAGGCUAGAUGUGAACUCAAGAGAUCUGCCUGCCUCUGCCUCUGUGUCCUGGGAUUCAAAGUUUUAACUUACUGCUUGAACAUGCAUGGAGAGGACAUUUUAUAAUAAUGUUAAAUAUCUUAUAGUAUGUAUGUCUGUUCUAUGCUAUAAAUUGCAAAGUGUAACUAAUUACCCAAUGAAGCUGACUUUUUGACACUGUAAGGUUCUUAUGCUUAUACAAUAAUAACCUUAUGUGUAUGAAAAGCAAAUUGGUUUAGUGUAAAGUAUAUUAAGUAAGAAAUCAGAGAACACAGCUCUAAGCUUACCUUUGCUCAUUUUUUUUCCUGGUUUAUAAAUUGAGCCUACCAGACUCAGUUAUUGAAUUGUAUGGAGUUAUUCUGAAAAUCAAGCAGAUGGUGUUAAAAAGAUUUGAGUGCAGAAAGCAUAGUACAAGUGUUUUGCUGAUUCUGGACAUAUCAUUGUAUUUACAAUGGAAGGAUUUUCUUGAGUUCUUUCUUUUUAUUUCUGGGUAGAGAUAGCAGAAGACAGUGUGUGUUUUCAUGGACCCAAGGGAGCUCUUGGCUGGUGUUUGCCCUCUGUCCUUCUACCCUGAACUGCUGUUGAAUCACUGUUUCUCUAAAGCAUACACAAUAGGGAAGAAAUCCCUUGGGAAACUAAUUCAACCAAAAAAAUUGUAUCUGAAAAUAUUUUGUGCAACUCUGAAGUAGGUAUUUAAUUGUAUUUUAAAAUAUAAACACUUGUACAUUUGCUAGAUUUGUGUAUUUUUAAUAGUACUCAUGAAGAAAAGAAUAUAAAUUAUGUCACUAUGAUAAGUUUUGAAUAUUUAUAUUGUCAAUAUUUUUAUAUCCCAAGGCUGUUUUGUGGGAAUGAAUGCAAACUGCCCCUCCCCACACAAGUCUAUUUUUACUGUUAUAAUAUUCAAUUCCAUCACAUCCAAAAUGGAGUGACUUAAAAUGCUGAAUAGCUAAUGGUCUCAAGUACAGUUACCUGUGUCUACUUGUCAAGCUAAAAAACUGCAAUUGAAAGUGUGAUUUCAUUUUCUUUGAACACCUCCUUAUAAUAAUGCUGGAUAAAGACUAAAAUCUGGUCUGAAGCCUAGGAUGUAUUCCGUACUCAGAACAGAAGCUGGAAGAAUGGAUGGGAAGGUGGGGCCUCCAAAAGUUGAUACUUGCACAAGCAAGUUCUGCAACUCUGUGUCUCUCAACUCUGGUUAUCAGUGUGUGUGUGUGUGUGUGUGUGUGUGUGUGUGUGUGUGUGUGUGUGUAAUGGAUGCAAAAGGAUUUAGUAAAGUGGCCACAGUUGAUUUUACUUUAUAGAGGAGGUCUUUCCCUCCUCUUAUGAGGAGGUAUUAUCAGUGUGUGAAAAUUGGCAUGGUAACACAUACUCUGGAGGUAGAGGCACACAGAUUUCUGUGAGUUUGAAGACAGCCUGGCCCACAAAGUGAGUUCUAGUACAGUCAGGGGCCAUGCAGAGAGACUCUGUUAGUGAGUAAAAACUAAAGAUUUAAGGCUGCCAGAGUGUAUACUCUUAUUCCCAAAUCUAUUCAAAUAUAUACAUACAUGUAUGUGUGUAAUUGACCUAUUUUUAAUAUAGUUAUAGAGGAUGUGGGCGAUCAUGCCAAAACAGUCAAACAUUUACUCUAGGCAAAAAUAUUUUGCCUAUUCUUAAAAACCAGACAUAUAUGCCUUUAAUCCCCAGCACUUAGGAGAUAAAGGUUAGGUGGAUUUCCUGAGGCCAGCCUGGUCUACAGAGCAAGUUUCAUGUUAGCCAGAGUUUGUGAUAGUAUCUUAAAAAAUAGACAUACCUUAUUUUAUAUUACUAUUACUACAUUUAAAUUUAUCUAAUUCAAUACCAAUAGAUGUUAUAGCUAAUUACCAAAUACUUUAAGUCAUCUAAUUUUAUAAAUGAACAAAAAUCUACCCAGUGUACAAUAAAUUUGUGCCUGAUUGACACUGCUCACCCACAGUGCUAAACACUUUUAGAACAUGUAAUGGUGUGAUGGUUUACUAUAUGUAAACUUAAACAAAAUGUUCAAGGGAUCAGAAGCUUUUCAAAGUUCUAUGUUUUUGCAUCAUCAUAGGAGCAAGUAAGAGAGAGUUUCUGAGCCUGGAAACCUGAGGGUUAGGCUUCCAAAAGCAUUUAAGAAUUUCAUGAGCUUUCUUUACACCAUUGAACAACUGAAUCUGGGGCUGGAGAGAUGGCUCAAUGGUUAAGAGCACUGACUAUUCUUCCAGAGGUCCUGAGUUCAAUUCCCAGCAAUCACAUGGUGGCUCACAACCAUCCGUAAUGGGAUCUGAUGCUCUCUUCUGGUGUGUCUCACAUAAAUAAAAUAAAUCUUAAAAAAAAAGAAGAAGAAAAGAAAAACUGAAUCUGGAUUAGUAAAAACAUUUUAAGAAUGUUUGUUUUUAUAUGGCCCUUGGUUCAAUGAAGAGCAGAUCUUCCAUAACUUCAAAGUGCUCUGGACUUGCAUAAUUCCUUAGAUCUGAUACAAUAAAAAGGAUAUAAGCAAGGCUAAAGAUCCAUUUGGAUCCAUAUGGUUUCCUCAGACAGACUUAGAUUGGAAAAGCAAAGGACACAUCAUCACCUCUAGGGGGAAAUCACUCAAGAGUAGAUCCUUUAUGUUUUAAAAUAGUAAGUAGGGCCAGGUGCAGGGUGCACUGCUGUCAUCCAGAGACAGCAGCCGGAUCACUGCUACAGAGCAAAUCCCUUAUCAGUCAACCAACAGUACAACAGACGCCUGAACAAAGCAACUCUGAGAGGUCCCACAGUUGAUACAUUUAUGCUUCAGGACCUUUCCAAACCUCAAGCAUUUGCACCAGUCUUUUCCUGGACAACCGAUCUUCACCUGUGAAAUAAGAAGCAAUACUGUUCUCUUGAACAUGAGUGAAGUGCUGUGUGAUUCGCUCCUUCUAUAACAGCAGUAACUGUAGACCAGAGCCAUGAGCCAUGGCAAUCUGGAUCAAUCACUACACAUUCUAGUUCACUUGCUGCACACAAUCAUGCUAAAGAAAUAAACAAAGAGUUCUUUAAAGAUAUUACAAAUGAAUGCACCUUGUUAUCUCUCUUGGUAAAAAUUUUGUCUCUAUUAAAAUAGUGCCUACCAUACUGUUGUAACUGUGACAUUCAAUGACUACUAACAUGGUUAUGGUGUUGAAUUAUGCCUUUUAAAUGUGAGUUCCACAUAUUUAAUUUUAACUUAUACAUUCCAUGGGAGGAUACAUAUUUUUCUGUCAUCAUCUCUUGGUAUUUUUUCCACAAUGACAAGAAUCGUAAAAUAUGGUAUAAACUUGAUCUAUAUUUUUAAUGCUACCUGUUUUAAAAUAAUGAAGACUGUGACAAAAGCCUUCAAAACUAUGAACUGAAAUAAACUGUUUAACAAGCUAA